CUCCCUCUAUUUGGAGAAAAUAAAAAUCCAUUCGACCAUGGCAGUCUCUUCCUCUUCGUUCCGUCUAUUCUCCCCAAUACCACAAUUCCUAAAAUCCCACAUCCCAAUUUCCAAAUCCCUAACUACUUCAGUGACAAUUCCAUCGAGACUCCUCUUUUUCUCCUCAAUCUCGGUCGAAAGAUUACCUACUAGGCUCCCCUCUUCUUCUUCGUCGUCUUCUGUUACCUCUGCUUCUCUUCAAUCCAUCGAAGAGCUCCCACCAAAACUCCAAGAAAUUGUGAAACUCUUCCAAUCCGUCAAGGAACCCAAAGCCAAAUACGAACAGCUCUUGUUCUAUGGUCGGAACCUCUCCCCUCUCGAUCCCAAGUUCAAGACCACCGAGAACAAGGUUCAGGGAUGUGUCUCUCAGGUUUGGGUUAGAGCUUACCUCGACCUAGACAGGAUCGUUCACUUCGAGGCCGAUUCUGAUUCGGUUCUUACUAAGGGACUCGCUGCCCUUCUUGUUCAAGGGCUUUCUGGCAGACCCGUUUCGGAGAUUCUGAAGGUUUCGCCUGAUUUCGUGAAGUUGCUUGGGCUUCAGCAGAGUUUGACUCCGUCGAGGAAUAAUGGUUUCGUGAACAUGUUGAAUUUAAUGCAGAAGAAGGCCCUCCAAGUAUUCAUGGAGGCCGAAGAAGGUGCCGGUAGUAGAGAUCAUUCUGAAAUUUUGAAUUCUGAUUCAAAUUUGGAUGGGAAUUCGAAUCCUGAGGUGGGUUUUGAGAAAUCGAAAUCUGAUCCAAGUUCAAUUGCUGAGACUGAAUCUACUUCGAGUUCAACUUCUUCGAGUACGAGUUUGGGUAGUAGGGGAGAAAGAAUAAGGCAGAGACUGGACAAAGAGCUUAAUCCUGUUGAACUGGAAAUCCAAGAUAUCUCUUAUCAACACGCUGGGCAUGCGGGUGUUAGAGGAAGUGCUGGUGAGACGCAUUUUAAUUUAAAAGUUGUUUCAGAGGAGUUUGAAGGGAAGAGUAUGGUGAAGCGACAUAGACUCAUUUAUAAUCUGUUGCAAGAGGAGUUGAAUAGCGGAUUACACGCCCUUUCAAUCGUGGCAAAGACGCCUUCGGAAAAUUGACAGGUGAUGAAAAGUAGAUGAUGAUGAUGUAAGAGGUGCUACUUCUCACUUCCAUUUCGUGGAUAUGUAUACAUGCUCAAUUCAUGGAGUUCCCUGUUGGCUAAUUGCACCAAUGAGUUGUAUAAUUGCAUGAUAUAGAGAAAUGUAUUUGAGACCAUUGGUUUUGCUUAA